UUGAAAUCUGACCUCCAAGCCCUGAAAUGCUGCCUGCACUCCUUUACUAGACCACUUACUGCUGAGGCCGCGAGAGGAGAUUUGGGCACUUUUGCAAAGGAACCGACACAGAAAACAAAGGGCAUGGAAGGAAGGCUCCAGGGUGACUCCACGGGCAGCUGGAUCUGCUCCACCCACAACCUCCUAUUUUCCUGACCCAGGUGGCAUGCUUAACGGCAGUCACCCUCUGUCGGGUCCACUGGGCACAUCUCUUGUGGGUUUUGAGCCGAAAUAACGUGUGAGUCCGUCGCUUGCCUUAGCCGGGUCAGCUGUCCCUUUUUGCUGGGAACUGGCUUUGCCAAAGGCCCGUCUCAAGAGCCCUCUGUGCCUGACAGCUUUCUGUGGUUUGGGGUGCUAAUGAGCUUCCCUCCUUUCCCCCCUCCAGCCUUGUUACUGCCUGGGGAAUUUGCACAAAUGGUGUGUGAUUUGCCCCUUCUGUGUUUUCUUUUCUGACUUGGAGGUAAAGAAAACCCCUCACCCCCCACAGACACUCUGUUUAUUCAACUGGGAGGGUUUUCACACCCAGAGACCCAGCUCCCCCUCCCUGAGCUCCCUGUUCUAAAUCUUCAUCCCUCCUCCCAGGUCCCCCAGCCCUGCUCUGCCCUGAAUAAUUUAUGAGUCCAGACAGGCCUUAUAAAAGGGUCUCCCAGGAAAGGCCAAAAGAAUGCAGGAGGUUCUGAGAAAUGAGAGCCCCUACGGCCUGCCUGGCCUCGACCGCCUAAGGAUGGACCCUUCUGUUCCUGCUGCUGCUGCCCCUGUCCCAGCCCCAGUCCUAGCUCCAGCCCCUGUGCAGCACCCCCAGGCACUCCCUGGCCUAUUAAGUCCAUCGGCCCUUGUUUCCUCUGGACAGCAAGUAGGUGGCAGAGAAAGAGGAGCUUGUCUCUGGAGGCCCUGGCUGUCCUCUACAAGUGACCCGUCGAGCCAGGUUUGGAGACUGGUGGAUUCGGCUACUGGUGGUCCAACAGGUGCAGAAGUCACAAAGGCUGACUCCGAGUUCCAUCAUCCCGUCAGGCUCUUCUGGCCUAAAUCCCGCUCCUUUGACUACCUGUACAGUGAUGGGGAGAUUUUACUGCAGAACUUCCCUGUCCAGGCAACCAUCAACCUAUAUGAGGACUCAGACAGCGAAGAGGAGGAGGAGGAAGAAGAAAAGGACAAGGAAGAGGAGACAGAGGAAAGGGGGCCAGAAGAGUGUGUGAGGGUACCAAGGUCAGCACCACACACGGCCACAGUUCAUCUUCCUUCCCCUCUCCUGACAUGCCCAAACUGAACUGGUCAGAGUCUGAUUGGGGUUCAGUAUGACUGGCAAGGCUCUAGAACAUCAAUGAGGCAGGAAUCUCCAGAUAUAGCUUUCUGGAUUAUAAGUUGGGCCCUGGAGCGCCCAGCUCACCGUGGCUGUAUUCAAUUGGCCUGUGAGCCCAGGCCUCUGGUAUCUCAUUGUCUGUGUUGCUGUGGUGUUGACAAUGAGAGGGUCCAAGGAGCUCUAGGGGAAGACCUGCUUUCUGAAGCAUCUCGGAAGCAGAUCAAGACAGCACCUGCCUAUGCAGAGAGAACCAGUUACUCUUUAGGGGGUCUUUGACUCCCCAGCAUUCCAGCUGGCCCCAGAGUCCUGCCUCCCUUCAGAAAGCCUGACUUCUGGCUUCCCCUGCAGAGACACCAAUAUCAGAUCCAUGCAAAGUGGGGGCACCUCUUUGAGGCGACUUGCAGGACAGGAAAGGGGCAUCUAGGAAAUCAGCUUGCUUUGGAGAACCUCCAUAUAUUUUGCAUGCUAUCCACUGAGGUCUGUAUGUUGGUAUGAAAUAAAUCAGGAGAAAAAUAAACUAGAU